CUUCCAAACCUCCGAUUCAAUCUUAUUAAAUCUGCAACAUAUUAUGUGCAGAUCAUCCUUAACAAUUAUCAAAACUUUAACACAUUCUUGAAAAAAUAUUUUAGAUUUUAUAUUAUAAUGGCUGAAGAAAAUGCAGCAACAGGAAGAAAAAGAAUGGUAAGAAUAGAAUCAGGGGCAGCAAGAGGUUUCAAGAGCCUACAUUUUCUUGAUACUACAAAAUGCAAGGAAGGUGAUGCUUGGAAAAGUGUAGAGAAAAGAUUCCAUCAAAAUGCUGUUAAUGGCAUUCUUUUUAGAGACAAAUUUGGACCCUCUAUAGGUAUGGAAAGCAAGGAAUUUGCUGAGGAAUUAUUUGAUACAAUGGCAAGGAGAAAGAAGAUCAAUGCAGAAAAAGGGAUCACAAUUGAAGAACUUAGAGAAUUUUGGGAAGAUGUAUCAACUCAGUGCCCUGAUACAAGGCUUCAUAUUUUCUUUGACAUGUGCGACAAGAAUGGUGAUGGGAAACUAUCAGAAGAAGAGGUCAAGGAGGUUCUAGUGAUGAGCGCUGCAGCCAACAAAUUGACAAACUUCAAGAAACAUGCACCAACAUAUGCAUCUUUAAUCAUGGAAGAGUUUGACCCUGACCAUUUAGGAUAUAUUGAGAUAUGGCAACUUGAAUCUCUACUAAGAGGAAUGGUUGGAUCAAAAGAUGAGAAGAAGAACUUGAAGAGAUCACAAACACUAGCAAAAACCAUGAUCCCUAGACGAUAUAGAACUCCAGUGAGCAAAUUUUUAACCAAAACCUUAGAGAAGAUACACGAUAACUGGAAAAGAAUUUGGCUCGUAACGUUGUGGUUGUCCAUUAACCUGAUAUUAUUCAUAUGGAAGAUUCAACAAUUUAAGGGGAGAGCAGCCUUCAAGAUUAUGGGAUAUUGUGUUUGCAUAGCUAAAGCUGCAGGGGAGACUCUUAAGUUCAAUAUGGCUCUUAUUCUCCUUCCAGUAUGCAGAAGAACUCUUACUCAACUCAGAGAAUCUUUCCUUGGUUCUAUUAUACCUUUUGAUGAUAACAUCAAUUUCCACAAAAUGAUUGCCUUAGGAAUUACUGUAGGGACCUUUAUUCAUGUCUUGUUUCACACAAGUUGCAACUUUGUGAAGUUAGUGAACUGCCCACAAAGUAAAUUUAUGACAGUUCUCGGAAGCAAUUUUGACUACCAUCAACCAACUUACAUGGAUCUGGUAGCAUCUGUUCCAGGCGUAACGGGGAUACUAAUGACCCUUUUCAUGCUUUUCUCCUUCACACUGGCAACACAUUCGUUCCGAAGGAAUGUCAUCAAACUGCCAUGGUCAUUUCAUCAUUUGGCAGGAUUUAAUGCAUUUUGGUACGCGCAUCAUCUGCUGGUACUCGUUUACGUGCUCUUGAUCCUCCACGGAUACUUCAUAUUCCUUACCAAAGAAUGGUACAAAAAGACGACAUGGAUGUAUCUUGCAGCACCGGUACUUCUAUAUGCUACAGAAAGAGUUCUUAUCGUCAAUGAGAACCGCUACCAUGUGAACAUCCGAAAGGCUGUUAUAUAUACGGGGAAUGUACUAGCACUAUAUAUGAGUAAACCUCCAGGAUUCAAGUACAAGAGCGGAAUGUACCUGUUCGUUAAAUGUCCGAAUAUAUCAAACUUUGAAUGGCAUCCGUUCUCAAUCACUUCCGCACCAGACGACGACUAUUUAAGUAUUCAUAUACGUACGUUAGGAGACUGGACUACAGAGCUUAGAACCAGAUUUCAAAAGGCUUGUCAAGCUACACAAUCAAGGACGAGAAGUCUUAUUAGAAUGGAAACUAAAGCGUUUAGCCCAAAUGAUGCAGAACAAUCUCAAGCCGAAUUUCCAAAGAUCAUUAUCAAAGGGCCUUAUGGUGCACCAGCUCAGAACUACAAGAAGUAUGAUAUCCUUCUACUAGUUGGCUUAGGAAUUGGAGCUACCCCAUUUAUCAGCAUUAUAAAGGACAUACUAAACCAGCAAUCUGGAUAUGUAAGAGCUUGUUCAUAUAGCAAUAUUUUGUUAAUAAUAAGAAAAUAUAACUUAAUCCAACAACUGCAGAAUCAGCAAGAUGAUGAAUCAUCCAGCAAGAAAGGUCCUCAAAGAGCAUAUUUCUAUUGGGUGACACGAGAACAAGGAUCAUUCGACUGGUUCAAGGGAGUGAUGGAUGACAUUGCUGAACACGAUGAAAAUGAAGUGAUAGAAAUGCACAACUACUUAACUAGUGUUUAUGAAGAAGGAGACGCUCGAUCAGCACUAAUCGCAAUGGUGCAGUCACUGCAACAUGCUAAAAAUGGAGUUGAUGUUGUCUCAGAAAGCCGGAUAAGAACACAUUUCGCUAGACCAAAUUGGAAAAGGGUGUUCACUCAAUUGGCAGCUUCCCAUCCAUCAUCUCGCAUUGGUGUUUUCUACUGUGGAAGUCCCACACUUACCAAACCACUCAGAAAGCUGUGUCAAGAAUUUAGCUUAAAUUCAUCCACCCGCUUCAACUUCCACAAAGAGAACUUCUAGAGUAGAGGUUUCACAUCUUGAGAGUUCAAUACGUACAAUAUUAGUAUAUUUGCAGUAAACUUGUAUUAAUGUAUACUAGCUAGCUGUAAAAGUUAAGUUUGAUAGAGGACUUUGAUUUGCUUCAAUAUCUACAUUCAGUCUCAAGUCUUUAUGUAUCCCUCCACUAAGCAUCAGGUGAUA